CACAUACACACGCACACACUUGAGCACACUCACUCACACGUACUGCAAACUCUCCACAGGAAACCCUGAGCCAUAAUGCGAAGGCACCUCAGAGCAGACGGGUGCGUUGCUCAAACCAAGUGGGAUACGGUGCGACUUUGAUAGUGCUUUAAUUACUCAUGUGAUGUGAUACAGAUGUCUGGGGGCUUCAGCCGAAAGUUUGCCUGACGGUUUCCAAGGGGGCCAGGCAGACAUUUUAGAAGCGUGAUAUAUUGGGACUUUAAUCUUUCAAUCAGUGAAAUCAAAGUGUGGAAUGUGUUCUACAAUGGGCGUCCCAGCUGUACAUAUGUUGGUGCUAAUGGCCUGUAUGGCAGCCAGAGGAAUGUGCCAGAUAAACACUACCGAGGCAGAGGACGACUCUUCCCGAGACUUUCUCCUCCACUCCACCCUCCAGACUCCAGGUUUCCUCAGCACCAGAGCUCCCAGCCUGGAGCCGGGCCCCACCAUCUUCCACCAUGGGGCCCCAGGGGCUGGAACAGGAUUUGGCUCUGCAAAUGAAUCUGUCAUAAGGAGGCCAGUAGCACCUCCACCGUGCGCCAUCACAACGUCCAUUCAUGACUAUUUUAAAUAUAUAAACACAGUAAUCUCCAUUAUUGUGUUUGUGGUCGGCCUGGUCGGCAACAGCACCCUACUAAGGAUUAUCUACCAGAACAAGUGUAUGAGGAAUGGGCCAAAUGCUCUCAUUGCCAGCCUGGCACUGGGGGACCUCAUCUACAUAACCGUUGAUAUACCCAUCAAUGUAUACAAGCUCCUGGCCUCACGCUGGCCGUUUGACAGCAGCGUCGCUGGCCUGUGUCUGUGUAAGCUGGUGCCCUUUCUGCAGAAAACCUCUGUUGGUAUCACCGUGCUCAACCUCUGUGCCCUCAGUGUGGACAGAUACAGAGCAGUUGCAUCGUGGAGCAGAGUUCAGGGAGUGGGCAUCCCCUUGCUGACAGCCAUAGAGAUCGUCUGCGUCUGGAUACUGUCAGUCAUUUUGGCAGUGCCAGAGGCCAUUGGCUUCGACAUGGUCAGCUUCACCUACAGGAAUAAAACCAUACGCACCUGCAUGCUUAACCCAAAGAGUGACUUCAUGUUGUACUACAAGGAUGUAAAGGACUGGUGGCUGUUUGGCUUCUAUUUUUGUGUGCCGCUGGCCUGCACAGCUUUUUUCUACACUCUGAUGACCUGCGAGAUGCUCAAUCACAGGAACGGCAGCCUCCGAAUAGCCCUCAGCGAGCACCUCAAACAGAGAAGGGAAGUGGCCAAGGCGGUCUUCUGUCUCGUUCUCAUCUUUGCUCUGUGCUGGUUCCCGCUGCACCUCAGUAGGAUUCUCAAGAGGACGGUCUACUCCCAGAACGACGUGGACCGCUGUGACUUGCUCAAUUUCCUGUUGGUCCUUGAUUACUUCAGUAUAAACCUUGCAACAGUCAACUCCUGCAUAAACCCGAUUAUCCUCUACUUUGUCAGCAAGAAGUUCAAAAACUGCUUCAAGUCUUGUUUGUGCUGCUGGUGCUACUCUGACCAACAGUUAACCAGCAAUGGACACAUGAACGGUACUAGUAUCCAGUGUAAAAGCCCCGAGCCUAACAACCUCCACACUGACCGUAGCAUCCGGAAAGACAGUGACUGACCGCUCACCCAUGGACUUUGACUCCCUGUGGACAAACUCUCAUUAUACCCAGCCAGCUUUUUAAAAUGCAUCAGCAUUCAGUUCUCACCACAAACACAUAUAAGAAUGACUCUUUACAGACAACAUGUAUGCAUCCCAAGGACCAUGAAGGCCACAUCCAAAGCCUGAAGCGGAUGCAUGAGGAAGUGGAGUUAAAAGGCACAGACAAUGGGUUUGGUGUACAGUUGCUCUGGCCUCUCAAAACAAACUAAUUCCUAUUCCUAUUCCAACACCUGAGGAUAGUGAUGCUGUAGCUUGAGAGAGGAGGGAGGAGAGGGGGAUGAGAGCGAAAGGAAGGCAAGACUCUUUAACUGGAUGUAGCUGAAAGGUGACUAUAAAUUACCCUCAAUCAGUAGCCAAGCGUGCUAUUCUUAUGGAGGCCAACACUGCUGGGAAGGACGCAUAAGCCACAGGAAGGAAAAGCAGACUGCUCACUGUCAGAGGGGAUGAUGGGAGAAGAGUAUGCGCUAUCCCCAGGAGUUCGCCCACGCUACUCUGUGACGGCACGGAACAGAAAAGCACAUGUCACUGACUCAAGCAGCAUUUCAUUCUCCAUCAGAGAUGCUAGUAGUUUUACAGUGUAUUACUCACAUUCAUUAUUCAUUGAGCUACUUCUGGUAUAAUUAGAAGAAUAUUUUGCAAUCGGUUUGCCUGGCGUUUGACUCCCACCGCUAGUCCUCAAAAUGUAAAAUAAUGUUCCAUAUUACUUUAUUAAAGAGAGAGAAAUAAAGAAUCCUUCUGAAUGAAAAGGUGCUUUUCAUCACCUUGAGCAUCCAAGGAUUGUCAAACAUAAUUUUUGGUUAGUAUGAGCAACAUUCAUUCAUACUGUCUAGUCUUCAAGUUUGCAAUACAAAUAUUAAAGAUUUGUCCAGUCUCCAAAUAUACAAGGGUACCCUGUCAGAAAAGAAAGUAUGGAGUUUUACUCUUUAGGGGAUAAGGUACAACUCUGCACCCUAUAUUCUGAGCAUAUGAUAAACAAAAAGCAGACAUGAAGUACUACAAUUAAAAGUAUACACAAAGGAAAACAAAAAAGGACACAAAUUAAGUAUUUUUCCCACAACACUGUGAAUUUUCCACAACAUUAAAAACUAAAAAAUGCCAUUAUUGCGGGGUUGUUAGAAAUAUGCUCCUGUAAUCCACAUAGUAUCCACUUUUAUAAAGUGUGCUGUUUUGAUCAAAGUAAUUAUUGUAUAUUGAAUGCUGUACUUUUGUUAUGCCAGAGGCAGGAGGCUGAGAGCGAUGGUAGAAUUAUGUUGUUAGAAUGGGAAUUAUGUCAGCUACCAAAGAAACAUGCUACCUUACCUUAUACGCCUACUAUCUGAUAUGUGAAUACAUGUACUAUUUGUGUGUUUGUGUGUGCGUGAGUGUGUGUGUGUGUGUGUGUGUGCACAUGUGUACUUGUGUGUAUAAUUACUUGCACUUCUUCAGUUGGAGUGUUUUGCACACUAUGUACAGCAGGCCAGACUGUCUGCCCUAUCAGUACAAUAUUAUUUUACCACUAUUCACAGAAGAGAUUCAUAAUAACCUAUAGAGGACUGUAUUCAUGCAAUUAUAUGUUCGGUGUCAUUGGUUUAAAACAUUAUUCUCAUGUUAGUGCUGCUGCUUAUACUAAUAAAUUAAUUUCUAAACGAGUACAAUCAUCUCCACUGUAAGAAAAUGGAGGUUUAUUUCACCCCGCUUCAAAUAUUGGUCUCUUUGGGAAGUGAAGGGCCCCCCUCUGUUUUUCAUCUGUGUCUGUGAGAAAGAGGCGCCUGGGAGUGAUUUGAAGUGCACUGUGACCCGCUUGGCAACUGAGCCCUUAGGGUUGCUCAUGUCAGUGGAGAGGAUGUGAACAGCUUGAACAGACGGUGGGAAUUUAAUCCAUAUAACUCACUUGUCGUCUGUGUUGCCGAAAUAAGAUCUCUGGAAGAAUAAUCCGACUGUUAUUUAUCCAUCUUUGAGCUAUGUCUUGGCUUGGAAGUUAUCCCGGAUCAUGUAUAGGAUCAUCUGUGUUUGUAAAUAUAGUUGAAUCAUGAGAAGUCACCGAAAAGCCUUGAUGCAAGUGUUGCUUUAUUUAAUUAAAAAUGCAUUUUGAGAAAUAUGUCUUUGCCCAGGUAACAACCUGUGUUGGUGAGAGUGUUUGUAAUGGAUUAAAUAAAGUGCUGCUUGCAUCAGUGCUGAGUUUGUGGCAACGUCUUUUAAUUCAGCUUCUAUUUGGCUGUGGCCAAGUGCCUCAUUAAUCCAGGAGUAUGUUCUGUCUAGCCCUCUCAUAAAAAGACAAUUACCAGAGCCAUGUAAUCCCAGACACAGUUUGAAAAGCCCCAAGAGCAACAGAAAAGUAUAAGAACCAUGGCUUUAUCCAGUCACUUUGUUAUUUGUUUCGGUGGGUUGGCGAUAAGUCUCAGAUAGGUCAUAAUCUUUAUGAAACUGUUCCAUAUCCCUCAUAUGAAACCACGUCAUAUUUCAUAUCAGCUGGGUUCUAGUAAGCCUCAAUAAACACUGAAUUCCACUCACAACUCAGAACUGUUGUUGCCAAGAUAUAACAUGUAAUAACAAAAAUAACAUGGGACAUAAUCGUGCUAUUCAGGAAAAUCAAAGAGCAAAAUGGGAGAGA